AUGCCAGAAAUAUACGAGCUAGAUGAAGCUGGGAAGUUGACUUCGACAUAUGUUGAAACCAUCAACAAUGAAGGAAAGACCAGAAUAGAUGUCAUUUUUCCGAACGACGGCAAAUCCCCAUGGCAGAAGCUACUCGAUGUCUUCCUUCCCGCAGGCUAUCCACAUAGUGUAACAGAGGACUACUUAGAGUAUCAGAUUUAUGACUCACUCCAAGCCUUCGCAAGCUCAAUCGCCGGCUUACUGUCCAAUCGUGCUGUUCUUGAAGGUGUUGGUGUCGGCGAUGCAAGUACGACUCCAAACUACGCCAUUCUUUUAUCUAUACUGCAAGAAGCUGCUGGCCGCAUCACUACUAUCCUGUUCGCGCACCGCUUGGGCAAAGCCAUUGAACCCGAAUGUAAAACAUAUCGCCUCGCUGCCGACGUAUUUAACGAUGCGGCCAUGGUCCUAGAUUGUCUAAGUCCUAUUUUCCCCCGGCCCUUUCGAGUUAUCGUGUUCAGCGCAAGCAGUAUGCUUCGAAGUCUAUGCGGCGUUGCGGCCGGCAGCGCAAAGGCGAGCCUCAGUGCACAUUUUGCGAGGUGGGGAAAUUUGGGAGAGUUGAAUGCGAAGGACGCCAGUCAGGAAACUGUGAUUUCACUUUUGGGCAUGCUCGCCGGUUCUCUGGUCGUGUCAAGGAUAACGACGCCGCUCGCAACAUGGGCGUCCCUGAUCGUUCUUCUAGUGCUGCAUUUGAUGCUCAACACCUUAGCGGUACGAGCAGUUUGCAUGCGAACCUUGAAUCGACAGCGGGCUGGGCUGGUUUUCCAGCAUCUAAUUGCUCCCAAAAAUGCUUCCAUGGGGGUACCCAGCCCUGCUCACAUUGCUGCGUGCGAAUACAUCUUCUAUCCGUCCUCCACACUAUUUCUCCCUGUUUCUGCAGUAACAGCAUCCUCAACCUCGAAGCGUCUAGCGAAAGCACACAUCGGCGUCCCCCUCAUCACUCUUCUCUCCUCUCUCGCUCCAGCCAACCAAGCAACCCUGUCUCACUUUCCCCGGAUUUCUAUCUCCACCCUCCUCGAAGUCUUCGACUCACAAAACUACAUCCUGUGGCCACACCCCUCGACGAACACCUACCUCAUCAUUCUCAAGCGCGGAUGUACGCCGAUAGACCAGAUCAAGGCAUGGUGGCACGCAUGUUUGCUUGAGCAUAUGCGUCACCAACAGCGAGAGAAACAGCCUGUGACGAAGAGCGAAGUGAAACUUGAGACUGUAUCGUCUGCAGAGGACGCGGUGCUUGAACGCUUACGUCAGAGUCUGGAGCAGCUGAACAGCAAGUUCAUGGAAUGGGUAGCAGAAUUGAGGGUGAAGGGGUGGGAUCUAGACACCGCGGCGCUGGAAACGAGAACUAGCGUGCGUAUUGAUGUGAGCGGUCAUAGUGAAAGAGCUAAGAAGGUCGACUUUGAGAAAUACUCCUAGCAUGUUGGCUCGCAACAUCUCUAGAUUCAUCACGGCGUUUCUUUCGGUACCUGUUCUGAUGUAACAUUCAGCGAUAGCGCGAACGGAAUGUCUACUCCGUUUUUGCUAGGAAAGCCCCAAGAUUAUCGAGUCUGAAUGUUUGAUUAUUUCAAAUUUGGUUGCUUAUCUUCCAUAUAGCUUUUGGCUCUCCAGCAUCUGGACAGCCCCAACGAUGCACAUCUUGUUGUGAACGCAAUAAUUGAUAUAUGUCUGUCUGGUCAAUGUAAUUGAAAUUUC